GGGGGGAAAGGAGCGAUCAGCUUCACAUCAGGAAUGGCUGUACACAUCACCUGCAGCUAAAACUCCGCCUUACACGGUGUGUCUGUGAAUGGACAACCUGCCCCUUCGCUGUAGCUUGGCUCUGGCGCUGGAGGUAGAGGAUGAGUCCGCUGAGGUUUACUUCAGAUGGUCAGUGAGUUUAACAUCUGCAAGUCUGAUCGCCCUCAAAACCAAAUGGAAUGACACAGCGCCAUCUGUGCGCACCGGCACACUCUGCUCCCUAGAUCCGACUCGAGUGUUACUGUUCCCUAACACUGCUCAGUCAGUCAACACCGAUAAUAAAACAGUAAAUAACUCAACACACUUGCAAAACAACAACAAAAAAGCGUUUUACUUAAAUCAAUACAGCGGAGACCUCAAAAUUAAAAUCGAACAUUACUGCAUGUGUUUAUUUUGAAAUUACGUAGCAUGUCUUGAGUCUCCGUCAACAUGCACCUAUCUCCAAAUAAAGAUCUAGAGUUCAAGCUUGAAUUCCUCCGUGAGUUACUGAUCGGGUUAAGGGUAUUGAAUUGGCCUUCGCUCUUGCAACCGAGAGAAAACUUGAGUUCUCAUCGGCAGAAAUGAAAGGGAGUUUUAUUUCCAAAACAUAUAACGGGUGAUUCCCGUCGCUACAGUCAUUCGCUCUUCGAUACAAUGGAUUUCUUCAUUUGCUAAGUAAAGACAUCCGCGUGGACUGUGGGGAGAGGAAGAGAAAGGAUGAUGGGAAUAACCGAUCCCUCACUGAUGGCUCCUCUGCUCUGAUUUCUCUGCCACUACAAAACGUCUUCUGCAGAAAAACAGAACCUCCGCGCAGACUCUGGGGCGCUGCCCUGCUCGAAAGUAACCCAUCAAACUGGGAAAUCACCGAGGUCGUGAGAGUGAGCGUUACCGCCUCUCUGUGAGAAACAUAUUUUGCUGAAUGUGCCGGGGGAGUGGGGGAUCUGCCGUCUUCGCGGGUUCCGGGGGAGAGGAGGGGAUCGCGUUUAUUUUUGCUCUUUUUUUUACUUAUGGAGACAUUUAGCCCUUGAACGGAAAGCAUUAGCCCCCAGCCUGGCCACUGCUGUUCACCCGAGUUUGCGAUGAAACCUAAUAUUUACAGUCACUAUAAUUUGUGACCUCUCUUAAAAAAACACGUAUGUUUUUGUUUUAAAUAUGGGGAAAAGCAAUAACCUUUCGGUGAGCCCCAAGUUCACUAUCCCCCAGCUUACUCACAAAUCUCUUGCCCAAGGUGUGAGAAAUAAACAUUUGGGAUAGAUGGAUAUGGUGUUGCAGCUGCCGGACUGAGCUGUGAUUGAGACAAGCGCUCUGUCUAAACUGGCACACGGUCAUUAUAAACGGGCUUUCCCUCCCUCCCCCAACACCUCUAAAGAUUGGAGGGGCGGGGGCGAACGAGGUCAUAGUCCAGCUGAAAAAAAAAGCUGCAUACUAAUCGGCUCGGUCAAAGCGUCAGCAUGUCGGGAAUGGCUUCUUGCCAUUCUAGUGCUGGAGCGGGUCCUAUCUGGCAGUGAAUGGUUUCAGGGGCGCGGAGGCGCCCUGGCCAGUGGAGUACACCCCAGAGCCCGGGUGCACUGACUGCAGUCACCGCCAUUCCUUGUGGCACCUUCACUUCGGAGCAAGACACCGCCAGGUUCAGGGAAGUCACGCCGGAGGCGCUUUGCGCCAGAAAGCGAUGAUUUCCAGGCAGUUUUCUCAAGCUUGGAGUCUCGACCCCUUUAAGGAAGAGCGUGUCCCAGGGAUAGCUGCUCUCCGGUUAACCAAUCAGGAGCGGAGCAUCCAGAAAGUCUUUUCCAGUCGUUUCGCACAAUUCGACGCAUGUUAGAAUAAAGUAAGUGUCUCAAAGCACCGCAGGAGCGGUGCAGAAAGUGCCGACCAUCUUGAAUUGGAGUUUUGCUGGAUGACCCCGGGAGUCGGUUUGUGUGAACGGACGCUGUGCAGCUUCAGUGGGGAGGCGGGGCUGGAACUGGACACAGCCGGGGUGGCGUCCCACUUCAGUCGGUGCUGUCUGAAUUCACUGUGGGGCCAGAGCGCGGCCUCUUUAAGCCUCCCUCCGACUCUUGCCCUGUCAGGAUUUGAACAGCAUCCUGGAGGAGAGGGGGAGGGGUUGGGGGAGGGGGUCAGAGAGAGAUUACAAACUAUUCUGGUGAUCGUAAUGAGCCCGAAUCCCUGAGCAGCAAGCCCACACGCCAAAGACCAGGAUAACGGGGGUUUUAUUUUUAGCGAAGGCGACGUUGAGCUGUCAUCAUCGUGUUUUUUUUUAAAACGGUGAGUGUUUGGUGCAGGGGAAACCAAGCAACGCGCCAGUGGGAGAUAAAUAAAUCAGAUUAAAUCCGGAAGAGUGCGGUGCUGCGGGCUGUCUGUGAUUGUCAGUCUGCUGUUGGAAAGCGCGGAGAGAGGGGUGGGGGUGGAGGGGAAUCUACCGGAGUCCGCCUGGAACCUACUGAGUCUCCCUCCGAGCGGACGGUUCUGGAUCUAAUCCCCGCCAUCCCCAGUCUACGGUCUACGCCUGUUUGUUCAUUGUCAAUCCUCCGCUCGAACACAAAACCGCCGGUGACCCAAUAAAACGGAUGCGAUUCUGGGCGCUGCUGACUUCUUCCCGCUCCUUUCUCCACCCCCCCCCCCCCCCCCGAAGAAGAGGAGUUCGGAGCAAGGGAAGAAAAGGACUGAGCUGAUGAAAUUCUCCUGAGAGAAACCAGAAGUGAAUGUGCUCCUAGCACACCCACCCAACGUUAGUGCCAAGCGCAUCUACAGCCACCCCCACCCCCUCCACACAUACACACACAUACACAUUCUCACACAUACACACACACUCCUGGCUCGCUUCACUCAGCCGUUAAGUCCUCAAAGCUCAUCCCAUGACGUAAAAGGAAAAAAAACAUCAAGAGACUGAUCGGGGGCAAGUGAUUUUCCGAUGCAACCGAGCAUCCCAAAUGUACUGGUGCACUGGCUGAAAGCAGCAGCCUCGAACCGUCCCUGCAGCUUGGGGGUGAGCUAAAGGCAGACUUUCCACAGCCAUCAUUGAAGAGGCAGAGAAACAGGAGAGAGAGAGAGCGGGAGCAGGAGGGGGAGCGAGCUGCAUUCUAAAGAUGCACUUACAUUCUUAUCACGUCGGCAUUUUCCUCCGACUCUUCAACAGCGGGAGUGAAGGCAGCUCGAGCAAAUCCUCAACUCUUUUCACUUCUUGAACUAAAAUCGGCUACGGACGUCAUUGCAUCUCCAGGAGUUCCCCUACGCCUAAUAACUGCUGUACCUCCAGCUGAACAGAGAAACAAAAACAUAAGGAUGUUCUGGAUAACCCUUUUAAGCACAAUAGCUCUAGGAUGGAGUACGUCGAUUCCACUAAUGGAGGACUCGAAAGAGUUAGAUGAACCUUGCAUGGAGCCAUGCUACUGCGAAGAAAAGGAGAGUUUUUUGCAAAUACACUGUGAAAGUAAAGGUUUUACAAAUAUUAGUCAGAUAACCGAGUCAUGGAUGAGACCUUUUAAACUUUACCUACAAAGAAACUCUAUGAGGAAACUCUAUUCUAACGGUUUUCUGUUUCUAACCAACGCAGUAUCAAUCAAUCUUGGCAACAACGCACUGCAGGACAUUCAGGCAGGUGCCUUUAAUGGCAUGAAACUUCUGAAACGCUUAUAUUUACAUGAAAACAAACUCGAGGUUUUUCGAAAUGAUACAUUCUUGGGUUUGGAGAGUUUGGAGUAUCUACAGGCCGACUACAAUGUGCUGAAGAGGAUUGAUGGCGGUGCAUUUAGGAACCUCAAUAGACUGAAAGUGUUGAUUAUCAAUGACAAUCUGAUACCACUUCUACCGCACAAUCUCUUCAGGGCGGUUUCCUUAACCCACAUCGAUCUGCGUGGUAAUAGGUUAAAGUCACUGUCUUAUGCGGGGACGCUGGAAUACAUUGGCAGGCGCCUCAUGGAGAUUCAAUUGGAGGAGAACCCAUGGAACUGUACAUGUGAAAUUAUGCCACUGAAGUCUUGGCUAGAAAGCAUACCAUACACAGUUCUUGUCGGGGAAAUUACGUGUGAGACACCAUUCCAUCUCCAUGGCAAGGACUUGAGGGAGAUCAGGAGAAGUGAAUUGUGCCCGAUCCAUUCAAGUGUAGAGGUAGAGGUCAGCUUGGGAAUCCCGCAGCUUGCUUCCAGUAACGACAAUGCAUGGCCUACCAAACCCUCCUCUAUGUCUUUAUCGGUGACAUACACGGCCUCUUCUGUUGAAUACAAGACAUCAGGUAAAUUACCAAAAGCAACUAAGACUCCAAACACUUUAAAAGCACAGCCAACUCUACGCAGUGUGUAUUCGGGACAAAAUCAGCCUAUAGUUGCAGGCUACCAGACCAGGCCUCCCAUCCCUAUCAUCUGUCCCACGGAAUGUUCCUGUAGCUUACAUAUCAAUGAUCUGGGUUUGACAGUACAGUGCAAAAAUAAAGCGAUCCAAAAUAUGUCUGAACUAAUACCAAGGCCGCUGAACGCUAAGAAGUUGUAUUUAACUGAUAAUCUAAUUCAGAAAAUCUACAGGUCAGAUUUCUGGAAUUUCUCCAGUUUGGAUCUUUUGCAUUUGGGGAGCAACAGCGUGUCAUAUAUUCAAGAUGGUGCUUUCAUGAAUCUUCCAAAUUUAAAGACCUUGUAUUUGAACAACAACGAAAUCGAACGUCUCACCCCCGGCAUGUUCAGAGGGCUACAAAGUUUAGAGUACCUAUAUUUCGAAUACAACAUCAUCAGAGAAAUCCAACCAGCGUCUUUCAGCUUGAUGCCCAACCUUAAACUAUUAUUUCUCAACAGUAAUCUUCUCCGAACUCUACCCACGGACGCUUUCACGGGCACCUCUCUGGGUAGGCUGAACCUGAGAAAUAACUACUUUCUGUAUCUGCCGGUGAGUGGAGUGCUCGAGCAUUUGGACUCCAUUGUACAGAUCGAUCUGAACCAGAAUCCCUGGGAUUGCUCGUGCGAUUUGAUUGCUCUCAAGCAAUGGGUGGAAAAGAUCAGCACAGUUAAACUGAUUGGCAGCGUGCUGUGCGAGACGCCGGAGUUCCUCAGAGGGGUGGAUCUGAAAAUGGUCGACUACGAGGUGUUGUGCCCUGAACUGAAACAUGCCGCUGCCUCUCCGGCCGUGCCAGGCUCCGGGGGGAAUGGUAAUGUGAUCUCCACAACCACAGGGUUCGGCUUCUCCUCGCAAGGUGGCGCCAUUCCCCUUUCAGUCCUGAUCCUGAGCCUUCUGAUCAUUUUCAUUUCCGCUGUAUUUAUUGCAGCGGGUCUCUUUGCUUUCGUGCUUAGGAGGCGUAAGAAAUCGCCCUUCAGGAGACGGCAGGACGUAGACCUGACUGGUAUGCAAAUGCAGUGCAGAAUCUUCGAGGAGAGAGCUGCCAACUCACCCGAGAAAGCGGCCAGCCACGUCUACGACUACAUCCCCCAUCCCGUCACUCAAAUGUGCAACAAUCCUAUCUAUAAACCACGUGAGGGAGAAAUGGAGGAGGAAUUCUCAGAGACUCAGGAAAAUAAUACUAAUUACAAAACUCUGGAGAAAGACAAGGAAUGGAAAACGUCACUGUCCAACAGCAACCUUAAUACCAUAGUUACGAUUAAUCAGACUAACGAUUUUGCAAGUUUUCCAGAAAAUGGGGUUAUUUAUCCCACUGUGUUGGACAGAGAUAGAGCAGCUCACACGGUUGGCUUUGUGGACUGUCUCUAUGGCACCGUGCCCAAGUUAAAAGAGCUACAUGUCCACCCUCCUGGCAUGCAAUAUCCUGACUUACAGCAAGAUGCCAGGUUUAAAGAAACCAUUCUCUUUGGCUCAUCUGGACGGGGAUACCCUGAGCAAACCCAGAGCGAAUACCUCGAGUUAAGGGCCAAACUUCAAACUAAGCCAGACUACCUCGAAGUACUAGAGAAGACAUCAUACCGAUUUUAGAUAUCAUACCAACGGAAACGAACCCCAAUCACAGCAUGUUUUAGAAGGUAAAGGGAAAUUAUCCGCCACCCCCCUCAUUAGGUUGCUUUGGACGAAAGGCCAUAUUCAAAUCAUAUUCAAUAAAGUGCCUUUGCAGACUUUAGCCAGCAAUGAUAUCAAUCAUAUUUUUUUAUGGUAACGAGAACUGACUGUGCCGUCUGUAGUCAUAUAGAGGGCUGGUUAUCGACCGUCAUAUAAAUAACCCUAUUCAUUACUGGCAGCGACUUUGUUCACUUUAUUUGGCAGGAAGUGAAGCCUCUCUCUUGCUCUCUCCCUCUCACACCCAAAUGAACGCCGAGGGCAAAAUUUGUGAAACAUUGACUGCAGUCUUGCUGCAUGUGUAAAACUGCCGGGGUGUAACUCGCUCAAAUGACAAGAAGUAAACUUGGUAAUUAAAGUGACUGCAACGCUCUAUCGUUCAGUGUUAUUUAAUUCUUUUUAUAUAUUAUAUAUAAAUAUAUAUUAUAUUCAAGAGGGGAAUAUAAAAAAAACUCUACGACGCAUCUACGGAUUUCAAUUUGUGAAUAUGACGCCAAGAUUUUAUUAUAAACAAUGCACUUUCUUAAAAAAAGCUCGUCAAUGUUGAUGCUUACACCACUAACAGCUUUGUAAGAAGCACUUUUAAUGUUUUCUCUCUCUCAAACACACAAAGAUUUCGAAGUGUGCAUAUUUAUUCUGUAAUUUCUGUGAACAAUCAUUGUAAAGGUAAUAAUGUUAACUCAAUGUAGUGACUGCGUCUGGUAAAGCUUUCAUAAUAAAAAGGUGAUAAACUAUGCAGUGACAUGUAGAGAUUGUAUGUGAGUAGAACGACAGCAGGCGAAGGAAACAUAAGAUAUUAAUUUAUGAAAAAAGAAAACCUCCGAUUCCAGAAUCUAAUUUAAUAUAUUGUCUUACAAUGAGUCUCUCUCGUCCAUCUACUAUAAUUAGAAAUGUUUUGCCUUAAUAUAAUCUACUGUCUCUGAAAUGGCAUUUGCAGUUUCUGAGACUUAAGCACAGUAGGCAAACAAAUAUUGCAAAAGCGAUUGUACAUGAACACGAGUACUUCUACUCAGCUAUGUUUUGGGGAAUUUUAGUUUCUUUUUAAAUAUUUUGUUCUAUUCUUUAAAAAUGCAUCUAGUUUUGCAGCAAGUCCAGCCUAUUGGGAUAGACUGUGUGGUCAUCACAUCAUGGAUACAGCACAAGGAAGCCAGUACCUAAAAGGAAGCUGGAUCUUACUGUAAAUAACGUUGUCCUUGAUAAACUGUAAGUAAUGCUUCUUUCAAUAAAUAAUUCCAUUGAGCAAACUGCUUACAUCUUCAAAUUUGAGGUGGUCAAAUAUUAUUGUGUCGCAACAAUUCACAAAAAAAAAGACGCUGCUGCAAAUCACAGCAGAUUUCAAGGCGCGUUUGAGUUUUGUUUUGGCGUAUUCAAAUCUUCAGUUAAAGAAAGGCAGUUCCAAUAUAGCGGAGAGAAAUUCAGUGACCCCCGGGUGAUGAGGCCGUCGUGGUAUGUUGGAAGGUGUAUCUGCAAUGGGAACCACAUUGCCUCAUUCAAUUGUUGUUCAAGUGACAUGAGAAGGCGGUGCUAAUUCCAGCAGAGGGCACCGUGUUCCAAUCACAACUAUUUGACGCAACGACAGCACAUCUUAACGCAAAAUUCAAUCGGUUUUAUACACCCAGGAGGCUCAGUCUCAUUGAGAGUAAAUUGCUGAUGCAUUUCCAUUUUAUCCCAACUGAACUAAGAUACAGAAGUUAAAUUGUUAUCGAAUUCCCCCCGGACUUGAAAAUCUGUUGGUUUCUAAUGAUCGGUUUCUGACAUUAAUUGGAAGUUAUGAUUUAUUAAUAAAGCUACCGACCGCAUUAUUGCUUUAAGUAUUCCGCGGCGACUGUCGGUAAUCUAUUUCUGACAGCUUAUUACUAUCUUGCCGACGGGGAGUCUCGCCGUGGUGGUGAAAUGAACCUGUGGGUAUAUUGUUUCGAAUCUUCGCUGGCAGAAAUCUUGUAAACUGGCAAAGACAAAUCAGUUUCCCUGGACAAGGACUAAUAGAUUGAUGACAUUAAUCUGCUGGUUAUAUUCGCGGAACCUACGCCGUCAUACUCCCAAGGCCAGAGUGCGGGGUAUGUUUCAACUUGGAAAGGAGGAAGAUUUUGCCCCCACCCCAGAGUGAAGCGCAUGCAUUUGACUGCAAGAGCUUUCCUUUGCUGAAUUAGAUGCUAAUGUUGACGACACUAACUCGUUGUGCACUUGGUCAAAAUUGGGUAUAUGAUGCUGAAAUGAGAAAUAUCUGAGCUGGUGCAUUGUAACCAAUUGCAGCCUCUGCUGGAAAUGAUUGAUGGCCCAAGAUGGCCCUGUUUGAGGUUCUGCAUGAGUACAGAUUGAAGUCCUUGCAGCGAAGAGAACGGCGCGAUUCCUCAGUACGUCGCAGGUUAAAGUGAUGUAAAUCGUGUGGUGUCAGCUCACCAACAGUGCCACGCAUUCCUCUUGUAAUUGUUUGCUGUGUUUUAACGUUGUGCGCAGAUGGUCAAAAGAUGACGGAUGUUAAUCUGAUUUUUCCCCCCAAUCGAACCCUGACUAAACUUAAUCCUUAAACAUGACAAGGAAAAGAAAAUGUGCUUUAAGCGGUUCAAUCGCUUGCCAUUCGCAUUGUCAUUCUUUUCUUCCUUUACCUAUUGCAACUUCAUUUUUAAAAUCAUUUAUCUCAGAGCUCGCCUUUUGUUCUUGACCUUUGACCCUCACUGCCUCUAAUUACUUGACGUCUAGUACGUUUUAACUUACCUGGUUCUGAUCAAAUUGACCUGAAAUGAGACUUUUCUGUCUUUCCAAACCUGCUGUCUGGUCUUCUAAUUAUUUUAAGCAGUUUAUCUUUUUGUCAGGUUUUCACCAUUCUCAAUACGACUUUGUUUUUAUUGAUGCUCCCAGUUAAAGGAAAAAUAGUGAUUGGACAGGGGCAUACUAGGCUAAAAUUUACCCCUUUUCCACUACUAGAAAGAGGACAAAGAAUUGCUAAGACUGUCAUCUAGGUUUAUCACCAGCUGCAGUUUGCUAGAAAUGUUCUGACCACUUUUCAAACCCUGCAAUGCCCAAAUGGGGAGGAUAUGCAGCUUGUUAGAUCAGAGCUUCCAAGGAACUGAAUCUGAUUUCUGCUGAGAACUUCAGGUAUAUUCUAACUGGGAUGUACUUUUCAAUGUCUCCUCAUAAUAAAGCUAAUGAAAUAUUAAUAGCAACAAUUUACAUUUGAGGACUCAAUGUUUCACAGGAUUUAGAGCUUGGUUCAACCGCCACUUACUGCUUCUCUUGCAGUUCUGCCUGUGAGAGAAGGCUUUGCUAUUACUGUAUCUGCAAACUCUUACACAAUCUUUUUGAAAAUCAAUCCUUUACUAUCUCUCCUUAUUUUUAUUGGUUGCAUGAUAAGUUGAAUUUGCUCUGCUAAGCAAAGCAAUAAUGGGUUGGCAAUCUUGAGAAUCUUGAACUAGCUGUCACUGUUCAAAAUUCUGGGAUCUUCAAUUUAAAAAUAACAGAUUAGGUGACCUUUUUUUUUCAGAAGGUCAUCAAUUUUUGGAUCUCUCUUUCUGAAAACAAGAUGGAAGAAAUAUCCAUGAAUUUUUUUAAGUUAGUAGAGAAAUUCUUGUUAAGCAAAGGGAUGAAAGAUUAUCAGGGAUAGAUAGUUAUGGAGAUUUAAGGCUACAAUCAGAGAAACCACAAGCUUUUUGAAUGGCAGGGCAGACUCAUUGCCUCCUCCUGCUUCUAACUCAUGUGUUCAUAUGUACAUUUUGUGUUAUUAAAUAUCUUUAAAUGCAAUUUGGAACAAUAUUAUUUUAAGCACAAAAAUAUAUCACCAUAGAUGCUGUAAAUCUGAAAUGAGAACAGAAAUUAUUAGAAACAGUCAACAGAUCUGGCAGCAACUGUGGAGUCAGUAAGAGAGUUAGAGAGCUAAUCUUUCAGGUCUUUGACUAUUUUACUAUCUUUGAACCUGAAACCUGAUCCUCCCUGUGGUAAUGGGUAAUGACCUUAAGAUGCCAUAUGGCAAGUUCCUGUUGUCGCUCAGGUUGAUUUAUUUGGUAGGAUUUGGUUUAAUUGUUAAAAUUUUACAUCUAUUGAUGACUGCUCCUCUGCAAGUUUUAUGAAAGUACUGAAAUUACAUACUCAUUGCAUUGUAUGCUAUUAAAUUAUUACCUAUUUUCAAAGAAUCUAAUACAACUGAUACCUAUGAAAAAUUUAUAGACAUUGAUUGAUAAAGGUCAAUCUAUCUUCACCCCGACAUAUAUAUUUCAAUGAGUUGUUUCUCAAUUCGAAAUCUUUCAGAAUGUUCUUUUUCCAAAGCAUCUGUAAUGGUUUAGUUAUAUCAGAAAACAAAAGCAAAAUACUGUGGAUGAUGAAAAUGUGUAAUAAAAAACAAAAAUCCUGGAACCGUGCAGCUGGUCUGGGAGCAUCGACGGAGUGAGAAACAGAGUUAACAUUUCAGGCCUGUAACUGCUGAAACAUUAAUUAAGUCAGAACAUUGAAUUUGAUUUAACUAAUUUGAUCAAUUAUGCAAGAAAAUCAUAUUGUACAAGCUAUUUGUGUAUUUGGUGAUUAGAUUGUUAUUCUAUUUAAGUAUUGAAAUUUACAAUCAAGUCAAACAGUAGUAUUCAACAAAGCAAUCGAUGGUUUGGAAUUAAUGAUGAAUAAUUGAAAGUUGUUAAGUACUUGCACUUUGGCUGUAAGAUUAAUAUGAUUAGAUAAAGAAUCAUCUCAUAAUCAGUCAGAUAUAUUCCACUAAUUAUUGCUAAUGGGUUAAAAUUUUCACUACUUGAAAUUAAUGAAAAGCAAAUUUUGCUGAGUGACAUUAGAAGCUGCAGAUUUGCCAAAUACAAUAUGUUUGCAGAGGAUUUUGAGAUAUUUCAAUUUGCAGGUGAACAUUCACUAACUGAGCCACCAUUCAGUGAAAAUUACUGCAUUGUAGGUUUGGACCUCUGAUUGCUGUUGAAGAUCUAAAUGUGGAAAAUUUGCAUUGUCUCCUGUUUUCAUGCUUGUCACUCCUUAUUUUCUGUUGCAUACUGAAAUAUUUUUAUCCAUAAAUGCACAAUACAAGUUUUGACCACUGUUUUCAAACUAAUAGUUUGACUAUAUAGAUAUGACUUUGAAUGUGAAGUCAUGUUUCAGAUUGCAGCUUUGUCAAUUUUGUGCUACAAUAACAAGAACAUCAAAUCUUC